GUCUCACUGUUUUCUAUUGAUUUUGGAAAUUGUUGGUUUGGAGCAUUUGCUUGGAUUUGCAGCACGAUGAGUGGCUACCGAGGCAUGGGCGGUGGGGGAUUCCCCUACCGCAAGCCAGCGAGUUCCGGCAACAACAUGAACGCCGUACCGCCUCCCCCGAUGCUGAAUGCCCGGGGUUAUACGGGUUCCCGUGGAGGAUUAGGAGGAGCAAGCCGUGGUGGAGUUACUGGAAGCACAACAUCGACGUCCAAACACGGCUACUCCACUCUGGACUCCAUCAGCCAGUACACCAAUGCCAGCAAUCUGGUUGGCAAACGGAAGGUGCACACGGACGAUGACUAUUUCGAUGAUGACGAUGAGCCACGGGAAAAGGAGAUUGAACAAGCCUAUAUACCGGCACCUGGAUCACCGGGAGCACCGCCUACUUCGGCUAAAAAGGAGGAGGAGUCCGAUUCGGAUGAGGAUCCCCUCGAGCAGUUCAUGGCGGGCAUCAACCAGCAGGUGGAGAAGGAGAAGCGGCAACAGGCACCCAAGCCUCCCACUCAGGCGAUAAGAGGUGACAUCGAUGAUGAGGACGACGAGGAGAGCUACUAUCGCUACAUGAAGGAGAAUCCCAAUGCUGGGCUACGCGACGAGGGAUCCGAUCAAGAAAUCGAGUACGAUGAGGAUGGCAAUCCUAUAGCACCGCCGAAGAAAAAGGACAUUGACCCGCUGCCGACCAUCUACCAUUCCGAAAUCGAGUACGAACCCUUCGAGAAGAACUUCUACACACAGCAUGACGACAUAGCCGCAUUGGAUGAGGAGCAAGUUCGGGAACUGAGGCGCACACUGGGCGUAAAGGUAACUGGUCCAUCGCCACCCAAGCCAGUCACGUCCUUCGGCCAUUUCGGCUUCGAUGAACAGCUCAUUAAGGCCGUGAGGAAAGCGGAGUACACACAGCCCACACCCAUCCAGGCGCAAGCUGUGCCCACCGCCCUGUCCGGCAGAGAUAUCAUCGGAAUAGCCAAAACUGGAUCCGGUAAAACAGCAGCUUUUAUCUGGCCCAUGCUUAUGCAUGUGAUGGAUCAAAAACAGCUGAAACCAGGCGACGGACCUAUAGGUCUUAUUCUAGCACCCACUCGCGAGCUCUCCCUGCAAAUCUACAACGAGGCCAAGAAGUUUGGCAAGGUCUACAACCUGAACGUGGUCUGCUGCUACGGUGGAGGUUCCAAAUGGGAGCAAAGUAAAGCUCUGGAACAGGGAGCGGAGAUUAUUGUGGCCACGCCAGGACGAAUGAUAGAUAUGGUCAAGAUGAAGGCCACCAAUCUGAGGAGGGUGACCUUCCUGGUGCUUGACGAGGCCGACCGUAUGUUCCACAUGGGCUUUGAACCCCAGGUUCGCUCCAUCUGCAACCACGUGCGACCAGAUCGCCAGUGCCUGAUGUUCUCGGCCACCUUUAAGAAGCGGAUCGAACGUCUGGCCAGGGAUGUGCUUACCGAUCCCGUGAGAAUAGUACAGGGUGAUCUGAACGAGGCCAACCAGGACAUCACCCAGUCUGUGUACGUCUUCCCCAAUCCCCUGCAGAAAUGGAAUUGGCUGCUGGUUCACCUGGUUAAGUUCCUGUCUGAAGGAAGUGUCCUGAUCUUCGUGACAAAAAAAGUCGAUGCCGAAACGGUGUCCAACAAUCUUUUAAUCAAGGAAUACAAUUGUCUUUUACUUCACGGCGAUAUGGAUCAAGCGGACAGGAACAAGGUCAUCACUCAGUUUAAGAGGAAAGAGUGUGAUAUACUGGUGGCCACCGACGUGGCAGCCAGAGGAUUGGAUAUACCCCACAUCAAAAAUGUGGUAAACUACGACACCGCCAGGGACAUUGAAACGCACACGCACAGGAUCGGAAGAACGGGCAGAGCCGGCGAAAAGGGUAAUGCAUUCACUCUAGUCACCGAUAAAGACAAGGAGUUCGCUGGACAUCUGGUGCGGAACCUGGAGGGAGCCGAUCAGCAGGUGCCCGACGAUCUAAUGGAGCUGGCCAUGAAGAGUUCCUGGUUCCGCAGUUCACGUUUCAAGCAGGGCAAAAGCAAGAGACCGGCAAAUACCCACACAGGAUUGGGUUAUCGGGAGAGGGGGCAUGGCGGUGGUUUUGGAUCUGGUGGUGGCUCGGAGUCCAGUGCCAGUGGUUCUGUCCAAAGCCCAACCGAAGGACCCUCUAGUAAAUCCUCUUCCAGCGCAGGACCAGCCACAGAUCGCUAUGCAGCGAUGAGGGAGGCAUUCCGAUCCCAGUACAACAACCAGUUCCGUGCGUCCAGCGAUCGGACUUGGGAAAAAACUCUGCCGGACUCGGGAGUUUUCGCUGCGCCAAUGGCACCGCCAUCAUCUGGCCAGGGUGCUUCCUCCUCAGCGUCCAAUAGCAGCAGCAACCAGGACGCCAAAAGGGCCAAGAAGAGCCGCUGGAAUUGAACGGGGAGCCCAGUAAAGUUAUGCUGCUGUUUGGUUUAUUUCUCUUCAUAUUAUUUAAUGUGUAUUUGCUUUUGUUCCAUCGUUUAAAAUUACAGCUUAUGAACUAAAUUUAAACAUAUUAUAUAUAAUCAGAUAUAUACCAUGUUCAUUCAUAAAGAUUACGUUAGUUAAAUAUUCGUAUGUACAACUCUCUUCCUUCGCAGCCAGUUCCAGCGAACGAUCCCACAGAUCCAAAUAAAAAUCUUCAUUAAUUGUAA